UUCCUCCUCCUGCCGGGAGCACUCGGGGCAGGACAACUUCGGAACUGGAGUGGCAGGACUUUGCAAACAGCAUUCGGUCCUGUAACCAGGGAAAUAGUAGGAAAGCAACUUGCGCACGGAGGCUUGGCAAGGCAAGGGAUGCAAUUAGUAUUUUUAGUCGUGCGAGCCAGGGGACAGAGAGCAAAGACCAGUCGCUGGAAGCUUGCAUGGCAAGUAGCAUGCAAUAAAUGGCCGUAGCCCUGCAAAUCAACUUCUGAACUGGUAAAACGAGGAAUUUAGUGAUUUUGCAGACACUUAAGCUGCUGUGCACGUUAGAGGUUCAGUCACAUUCUGGUGACAGAAUUUUUCUUGUUAGGGAGGAAAGGGUGUGUUGUUUUGACGUGUAUGUACAGUUAUGUGUAAUGCAAAGACACAGUAAAUAGCACCUCUAAUUCUGUGCUUGGGCAUCAGAUUGCUUUCUGAGGUGAUGUGGAGGAAGAGAGUAAGACAAAUACGAGCAACUGUGUGACAACAAAGGGUGCUGUUGCUGCUCUCCGAUACACAGGAAGUAAAGGCUGAAAAUAAAGUCAUGCUUUUGGCUUCAACACCGGAGAGCAGCGCUCACAGGCAACAGAGAGAAUUAAAGCAUUUGAAUGCAGAUGAGGUUGGGAAAAGCUAAAAAUAAUCAAGGUUUAUGGGGAAAGAUCUGUGGGACCAACAAAUAAAGAAUCAAAUCUUCAGGCAUUUGCAGAACUGGCCACAAAAGAGACAACAUGCCAGUAACAAGAAUGCGUAUGAGGCCAUGGCUGGAGUUGCAGAUUAAUUCCAAUCAAAUACCAGGAUUGGUGUGGAUCAACAAGGAUAAGAUGAUGUUCCAGAUCCCAUGGAAACAUGCAGCUAAACAUGGCUGGGAUAUAGAUAAAGAUGCCUGUCUUUUCCGAAGCUGGGCCAUCCAUACUGGAAGAUACAAGGUAGGCGAGAAAGAGCCGGACCCCAAAACUUGGAAGGCAAAUUUCCGCUGUGCCAUGAAUUCACUGCCUGAUAUUGAGGAAGUGAAGGACAAAAGUAUCAACAAAGGCUGCAGUGCAGUCCGAGUUUACAGGAUGCUACCACCCUUAACAAAGCUUCAGAAAAAAGAAAGGAAGUCAAAGUCAUCUAGAGAGUCAAAAAACAGGAGUAAGAGAAAGUCAUAUGAAGACCAGAGGAUGGAUGAGGCAGUAGAAGCACAGAACAGCAGCAGUCUACCAGAUGACCACAGUGGUUAUACAGUUCACAGCUAUGCAGAACAGGAAGUGGAGAUUGAGGACGCCUCCAUCACCCUAGAUCUCUCAUCGUGUGAUAUGAACACAAUGACAGAUUGGAGAAGUUCAAUGGAAAUAGCAAUGGCUGACAGCACAAAUGAUCUUUACCAGCUUCAAGUGUCACCUUUGGCUUCAUCUUCUGAAGUAACAGAUGAUGAUGCAGAAGAAAUGAAAGAGCAACUUUACAAGCUGUUUGAACAAGACUGGCAUGCAACCAGUGUGGGUGGGAAAGGAUAUCUUACCAAUGAGCCCGGCACACAAAACAUCUGCAGCAACUUCAGCUACAAGGAGCAAGAUUCUGAAAUAGAUACAACCUCAGGGGAAAUAGAGUUCAGAUUUUGUACUGAUCUGAAAAGCAGUCUAGAAUUCUCUUGGCUGGACACAGUUCGAUCUACUGGUAUACAAGCCAUUCCAUGUAGCUUGUAAACUUCUCUUGCUGCCUCAGACUGUGAACUGCUUUACUUCGCUCCUCAUGGGAGGCAUUGUUUGUUACUGACUGUGUGAGAAGAAAGAACCUCUACUUUCCGUUUAGCUUCUGGGACUGAAGAGAUCAAGUUAGCGAAACUCCAUUAUUAAAAAACCUUAACAGAACUGUGUGCAUUGGAGUUGGUUGACUAAGCCAUUGUCCUAUAAAACUUAAAAUUGCUUCCGAUGUGAAGCUGUUCCUACAUUAAUGUGAAAUGGGGUCCUGACCUCUUUGUUGGGAUACAAGUGAAAGGUGCUGUAGGUCAGUAGAAGCUGGGCUAGGAUCCCCAUUUCUCUCUCAUGACUUUUAUAUUCUAACUUAAAAGCACUGCUUUUGGAGGAGGUCAUCUACAGUUUCAUUUACUCUCCUUUACCAAUCCAGUGCUUAGGGCUCACAGGGCAAAAUUUGCCUAUUCAUGUUAGCCCUGGUUGAUACGUACCUGGUGAAGUACUGCUGAGCUUGAUGACAAUCAUAACAGAUUUUUGGAUUCAACAAAAAUUGCACUAAUUGACCCUCUUUCCUUUGAUCACUCCAGCAAACAUUUGACCGACAAAUCAAAUUCCUCACUUUUGUAAAUAUGUUUAAUCCGAGAAAAUGUGAAAAUCAGCUACAUGCUUUGCUUUGACAUAUUACAGUUAUUCAGACGAUCUGCUCAUAGGACAUUCUAGUUUGUUGUCAUUAUGCAUGACGUAUACCAGUUUUUCAUUUAAUAAUUAUGAAAAAGCUGCCACACGUUGGGAUCCAUUCUUUUUUGCACUGAUGGGCAUAACACUUUAUUUAUGCAGUGCCUUUCAAGGCAGCCACCUUAAUGCUGUUCACUGCAAUAGAGUACAUAGACUACCAUGUACUGUAUAUACCCAAUGAACUGUGUAGAGAAGAUCUUUAGAGAACAAAAAGAUAUAAGCCUAUGCUGAGCAGUACAAAGUACAAAAAGGAGGGAAGUCUUUUGUGAUUUAUGCUUACGUAUCUGGAAAUACAUCAUAUCACUAAUUGUAACUGAGCAUUUUCCUGUACAUAGUUGUGUAUAUAAAAAGUGUUGUACAUUUGUUUUAAUAAAAAUGUUUUAUAUAUGAAA